AUGCUGUGGCUGCUGGUGCUGAGUCUCUCUUGCUUGGGGGGCACCCUUGCUGGAACCCCAGCACCUGUGCCCGAGAAUGACCUAGUGGGUGUCAUCGGGGGCCACAGUGCUGCCCCGGGGAGGUGGCCCUGGCAGGUCAGCCUUCGAGUCUACAGCUACUAUGCUGCCUCCUGGGUGCACAUCUGUGGGGGCUCCCUCAUCCAUCCCCAGUGGGUGCUGACGGCCGCCCACUGCAUCCAUCGGAAAGAUGCUGACCCAUCGGCCUUCCGGAUCCAUGCUGGGAACGUGUUCCUCUACCCGGACAAGGCACUGUUGAAUGUGAGCCGUGUGAUUGUGCACCCUGACUAUACCGUCUAUUAUUUGGGGGCAGACGUCGCCUUGCUGAAGCUGGUCACCCCUGUGAGGGCCUCUACCAACACCAGAUGGGUCAGCCUGCCGCAGGAGUCCCUGGAGCUGUCUGAAAAUGAUACCUGCUGGACCACUGGCUGGGGCCGAAUUGGCAUAUUUGAGUCUCUGCCGCCGCCCUACCGACUGCAGGAGGCACACAUCCCGCCAAUAAGCAACGAGAACUGUGAGCAGCUGAUCCACAAGACCUAUUCCCUCAGCCAGGACCACAAAUUCAUCCAGAGUGACAUGCUUUGUGCCGGCAGUCAUGGCCGGCGCACCUGGGUGGGUGACUCAGGUGGCCCCUUGGUCUGCAAGAAGAGAAACACCUGGGUCCAGGUGGGAGUGACCAGUUGGGGUUUUUACUCUCAGCCCACCAUUGGUGUCUACGCUCGGGUCCAGACUUACGUGGACUGGAUCCUGAAGCAAAUCCAAAAGCAGCAAUGA